CUGCGAUACCCAGAAUACACCUCAGCAUACAAUGAUUGUGCUCUAAUCGGGAGUCCAACAAUGAGACUCACUCCUUCUCUCGCCAUCCGCAAGCUGCUCGCCUCGAUUCACCCUCCUCUUUCUCCCCAAUCGCCUCGCGAAUCCAAACAGCUCCUCAACGUCCUCGAAUCCGCCUUCCAGCGACGACUCGACGAAACCCAUCCCUCCCCGAGAGCCGCAGCAACAGGCAUCGAGAUUCAGCAUGGCUCUGAAUUAAUCCCAGAUCCGGCCCAAAGAGUCACCCAUUCCACCCAUUCUCACCUAGACACCAUCCUCGGUCAUCCGCUUUUCAAGCAACAGUCGCUUACUUUUCUUCAAACCCAUGGUCUAGCUGCCACGGCGGUCAAGACAUUCGACGAUGCUUUAUUGAAGCAAGGUCUCGACUCCGAUCUUGUCCAGUCCUGCGCUCUGCAAUAUCUCAAAGGCCGUGAGAAGCGAGGCAAAUCUCCCAAGGAUGAAGGACUGGGACCGAGGCUGGCUCGUUGGUUCAACGCCAUGACCGGCUCUGAGAAGAAGGAUUUACUGCUCAAUGAAAAAUACAUGGAGCCCUUGGUCUCAGUCAUGUACGCUGACGGACUGGAACGCGAAGUCUGGCAAUGGUUGCAAGUUCUCUACGAACGAUCUUUCGCCAAUUUCAUCUUCAUCCCCACCGACGACUGCGCCCCUGAUGCCGUUGCUUACCUGCGCGCGGAAGAUCGUCUCGUGUCUCUGAUGAUCAAGGAAACCGCUCGCCGCGGACGGCUGCAGGAAGCUGUACAGCUAUAUACGCAAGCAUACGAGUAUCGUCUCAACUCCGGAAGAUCCGUCCUCUCAGAGGGAAAGUCUUCCCCCGAGCCUCUGCAACGGUCCUGGCGUCAAGUGGCUGGGGCAAUACUCUUACAAAACAAGCGCAGCAAAAGAGGUCUACCAGCAAGCCUUUACGAUCUAAUAUUGAAAUACAGCCUGACGAUCGAUUAUUCUCCUUUCGACCCGGCUAUUCUCCAUAUCUACCAUCCGACAACUCCAACGGCUCAUCCGCUGUUUCAGAAACUCCAAGAAUCAUCGUUCCUAGAACAAUUCGCCAGAUGGCAGAAGAACCCCAACAGAUUCGUUCGGAGGAUCUUGCUUGUUUCCGUACUAGAUGCAGCCGAGCUAUCCUUGAGCCACGCUCAUCCUCGUGAAGCCAGAGAGUUCCUCGACUUUGCCGAACGAACAUAUCCCGACUUUCUGCGCUCGCAUGAAGAAAAGACCGACACGGCGGAAAGAUUGCAACUGGCUCGACAGGAGAUCCUGGUGAGAAAGGAGUUCCGUUCGUCGGGCUAUGCCACUGCCCCGGAACUGCAAGUACUAGUGUGAGCAGAGCCGGAAGCAGCAUGACCUCCGACCCAAAAAUGAGAACUUGAUACUCCACUAGUCGACGAAAAUGAUCCGUGUCGUACGCCAAGCUGCUGUUGAACAAUAGGCGAGUCUGCAACAGCCGACUGGGCCAACAUCCAAGGAGACACCUCUCCAGCUAGCUUAUAACACCUCUUAGUCAAGAUCGGGAUUCGAGUCGAAUCGCGUGACAGCACGGCGCAAUACGCAAUACGCAAUUCGCAAUACACAACACGCGCGGCCGAAGAACGAAGAUAGGGCCAUCACUGUGGAGACUAUCCAUCAAAUCAGGUGCAAGAGAGCCCGCCCUGGAUGAAGAGGUACUCUGUCGGUUCAGCUCGAAACAGGCGGACACGUGCAGUGACUCUUCGAGGGACGCACGACACAAACCGAGUUAUUCGCAAGAGACGCGACGGAUGUACAUAAGUGCUCCGCCAUUCGCGGGGCACACCAGAAGAGCGAACAGAAGAGCUCGAGGUUAAAAGACCUCGCUUUUCGUCGUUAUGUGCAUGCGACAUAGUCGUUAGGGCCCCUGCUCGGCCCAAGAAGUGGGUUAUAUACUGUUAUUCCGCUACUGGGAUCUUUCAUUUCCAGACUUUUGGGAACCCUAGAGUAGCAUACAAUAUGCAGCGUCGUUAAAGACAAUCUGUUCCGCCAGUGGACCAGACGAAAUCGAAAAGAUGCAAACCCCCGUGUUGCCUACCUACCUACCUGGCCUAUUCCACAUACACAUGCGUAACGGCACCCUCCAGCUCCUAGCCGCAACAUUGCAACACGUUGAUCCCCGACCCAUCUCAUCGCCCUGCGGACCUUGGAGGGGGAAGUAGUAGGGCCGCAAUCGUCCGGCUGGAAUAUCGCCGUGAACCGUCGCGAGCGGUGUAGAUGUCGGAGAAGCUGGCUGUUGGAAAAAGAGCAGGUUGGAUGGGUUGCAGGUGUCUUCGGGGGUCCUUGGGUGGGUAGGUACCUGGGUAUCUAUCAGGUUGUCAGCAGUGAGACAGACACGCACCCAGUCACGACUUGUCCAUAGCCGUAACAUGCCACAGGAUCGGCAUUGCUCUGUAUUCUGAUCGACAAGGCUGUGCUGCAUGAGAGGUAAAAAAAAACAAACAGAUUAGUCUUGAGCUUGAGUGGGAGAGUGAAGGUAGCAGUCAUAUUGGGCUGCGGAAAUCCCAUGAUAUGUCCCUUCCG